AUGCGUGUUGCGUCAAAACAAGCAUAUAUUUGUCGUGAUUGCGGGUAUAUUUACAAUGACAGGACUCCAUUUGAGAAGUUGCCUGAUAAGUACUUCUGUCCUGUUUGUGGUGCCCCAAAAAGAAGGUUCAGGCCAUAUGAGCCAGCAGUGACAAAAAAUGAUAAUGACAUGGAUGCUCGAAAAGCCAGAAAGGCGCAGUUAAAGAGAGACGAAGCCAUUGGGCGGGCAUUGCCGAUUGCAAUUGUGGUGGGAGUUGCAGCACUUGCUGGUUUAUACUUCUAUCUCAACAGCUCUUUCUAG